AUGGAAUCAAAUGUAGUAUUCAGCAACACCUAUCGUUUUGUACGCAACAACUUAAUAUUGGAUGCAUUAAAGAGUACUCAGUAUGAUUCAACAGCUCUGAAACCAACUAUAUCAACGGAAGCUGACGAGAUUAUUAAGAACGAGGGUGAUCCUUUGGUGAUACUCUGCUCCGGUCCCUCAAAAAUUUUCUUCUUUUAUCCUACAAAUUCCGGGGAAGCAAUCAAUACAUCAGCACCGGAUAUAAAAGAGUAUCAAGAUGAAAAUGGUAUCUAUACGUACGAGUUUCGGCGACCGAAAACCGUUUUUGGGGACACCGGCUGGUACGGUUGCUCAGAUCACCUAGUUGAAGUCACCACGGAUUCUUAUUUUGAUCCAGAAAUUAACUGGGUUUACGUCUACGUUCAGUCUGACACUAACCUAUUCGUGGAAGCUGAUACCUAUGAAUCACUACGCAAAAUUUCUGGAAGUACUGUCAUUAUACCUUGUAGGCCAACGUCUCCAAACCUGACUGUGAAUCUCUCAAACGAUGAAUACUUUGAACUGGACGAAAGAUUCUCCUUCGAUCCGAGAAUUGGAUUUACACUGAAGAACCUCACGCUCAAGGACAGUGCGUACUACAAAUGCGUGAUAGAACGGGAUGGUAUAGAUCACGAGGUCAAUUAUCAUUUACUCGUGUUUCGUAAACAUACGCUAACCGAGCCAAAAAUCCUCGAGGACACGUUGCGACAUGUGACAAGGGGCCAAACUCUGUACGUCAACUGUACCAUAGACGUUAACGUGGACAUGCACUACGUUCUGAACUGGAGUACACCGCAACAAAGCAACAGGAUAAGCACUCGACUAUACAGCACUACAUACGGGUCGUAUAUUCGGAGAGCCACGAAUGAAUUGACGAUAAGAAACAUGACCGACGAUGACGAGGGUCUUUACGCGUGUAUCAUCACGAAUUUCCAGGACUCGAAAAAAUCCGAGAAGUAUAUUAAAGUCUAUGAUCCGGGGAACAAAUUCCUUAACUUAACAGCUCAGGACUCUGAUAGACAUUAUCAACGCCGAUUCGGCGAUAAAGUGCAGUGGGUCGUCUACGUGAACGCUUAUCCUGAGCCUACCCUUAAAUGGCUGAAUCCAAAGGGCGAGGUAAUGACCGGAAAUUGGGCAUCACCGGAGAAAUCAAAAUUCGCGAUUAAUACGACACCCCUGUCGACGAUGACGAUACUCAGAAUCAAUCAUCUCGAUGUCAAUGACAUGGGGGUAUAUUCGAUCCAGGCCACCAAUGACGACAGAAUCGAAGUCCUGAACUUCACGUUGGACGUGAUAGCCAAGCCAAUACCAAUAUUGGAGAGAAUAGAGUCUUACUACGCCCCUAAUCAAGAGGCAGAGAUGCGCUGUCACGUGGCAGCGUAUCCAGAACCAGAAAUUACCUGGAAUUUCCUCAAAUGCCCGAACUAUCCCUCCUGUGAAAACGGAACUAUAGUGAACUUAACGGAAACAAAGGAACACGGAAUGACGACAUUUUUCCUCUCGAUUGUAAGGAUGAUGGUCGAAAUGUCCGGAAGACUCACCUGCAAAGCGUGCAACGUCGUCGGUUGUGACUCCGUCACGGAAAAUGUCUUCGUUUCUGAUGGAAAUGGCGGAUUCGGUAUAAUCGAGCCGAAGGAAUCAGUGACCGAGGGCGACGAUUUGGAGCUGAUCUGCGCCGCCUCCGUUUAUAACUAUUCAAACAUCUUCGAAUGGAGCAACGAAGAUAACACUCCCAUUUUGGAAACUAACAGACUAUCGAUCGUUCGAGGGCAGACACAAUUUACAUAUAGAUCGAUUUUGAGGAUAAAUAAUGUAGAAAAGCAGGACUCGAAAUACUACAUCUGCACUGGAAGGACUACAGAGAAUAUUACCGAGAGCAUGGACUAUGAUUUGCGAGUACAGGACGCACGUGCACCUACCUUUGAGGAUACCAAUCUCAAGCAGAAUGAAGUGACUAUCGAUUCCAACACGCAGGGUCACAAGACAGUGAUCCUUAAGUGCUUCGCGGACGGUAUGCCCAAACCGAAUAUCACUUGGUACAAGGAUGACACAAUGUUGAUGACCAACGAGCAGUACAUGUUUCUUUACAAUUAUCAAGAGUUACAUAUCAAGUAUCUGCUGGAAAGUGACAGUGGCAAAUACUUGUGUCGAGUGGAAAAUCGAAUGGGAAAACUCGAAGCGUAUCAGCAAAUAACGAUAAAAGGAAAAGAAUUGCCCAAAGAAUUGAUCAUUUUAAUUAUCAUCUUGGUUAUCAUCGUCGUGAUUUUGGUGAUCUAUUUCACGAUUAAAGUCCGUCGUGAAAAGAUCAUGAGGAAGGAAUUAAUGGAAGCUGGACUAAUGCACUUCGAGGAGGGAGCGAUAGAGUGCUUGAAUCCGGACUUGACAGUGGAUGAUCAGGCGGAGUUGCUUCCUUAUGACAAGAAGUGGGAAUUUCCCAGGGAAAGACUGAAAUUAGGAAAAAAAUUGGGAAGUGGUGCGUUUGGAGUCGUUAUGAAAGCGGAGGCUCAAGGAAUUUCCGAAGAGGAGACGAUGACCACCGUGGCUGUGAAAAUGGUGCGUCGUACAACCGAUCCCACGUAUGUUCGUGCACUUGCCAGCGAAUUGAAGAUCAUGGUGCACCUUGGGAAACACCUGAACGUUGUCAAUUUGCUUGGGGCUUGUACGAAAAAUAUUUCGAAACGUGAAUUGUUAGUGAUCGUCGAGUAUUGCAGAUUUGGAAAUUUGCACAACUAUUUACUCCGACACAGGGGUGACUUUAUUAAUCAAAUUGAUCCGUCGACCGGCAAAUUCGAUCCUAGUAUCGGCAUAGAUAUCCUCACGCGGACGGCCAGCGUAGGCAGCAACAACAGGAUAAAAUAUGCGGCAUUGUCAUUUUCUCGCAGUAUCAGUGGAAAUUCAGGCACCGAUUCGGUGCACUAUCAAGGUACAGCCAUGGAUUCCCAGGGUGUUAUCAUGACGCCGUACGGCUGUGUACUCAGUAACGGCUCAUCCCAGCCGGGAUGGAGAUCUAAUUACCGUGGCGACUACAAGGAUCAUAAUUUAAAACCGAUUUGCACGCAGGAUUUGUUAUCCUGGGCCUUUCAGGUCGCUCGUGGAAUGGAGUAUCUUAGUCAGAGAAAGGUGCUACACGGUGACUUGGCCGCAAGAAACAUUCUACUGGCCGAGAAUAACGUAGUGAAGAUUUGUGAUUUCGGUUUAGCGAAAACUAUGUACAAAGACGACAAUUAUAAGAAGAAAGGCGACGGUCCGUUGCCCAUCAAGUGGAUGGCCAUCGAAUCGAUCAGAGAUCGAAUCUUCUCCACGCAGUCGGACAUUUGGUCGUUCGGUAUAGUUCUGUGGGAGUUCUUCACGUUGGCUGAGACUCCGUAUCCGGGAAUGGAAGCGGAAAAACAGUAUCAAAAGCUGAUUGAAGGUUACAGGAUGGAACAGCCGGAGUAUGCUACCUUCGAAGUAUAUGAUAUAAUGCUUCAAUGCUGGAAGGCCAAACCCACAGUACGCCCAAGUUUCACGGAAUUAGUCGAUAGUAUAGGUGAUUUGUUGGAGGAAAGCGUAAAAGCGCAUUACGUAAGUCUAAACGAUCCCUACAUGGACAUGAACACGACGAUGCUGGAAGGCGGCAAAAACGACUACCUGACAAUGUUGUCCGCCCCUGACCACACGAUGCUGUCUUCACCGAACCACGACUACGUAAACUCACCUGUACCUGAGAAUCCAGGGGAUUCGUCCUACCUGUGCAUGAGCCCCAUAAGCAAACGUGACGAGUCCGGUAUAUUCAGUCCCAGAUCUGUUCAGGAACGAACGCAUUUUGACUUUCCAUCCCCGACCUCCGACUCGGAGGACGCCGUGGAGAUGUCGCCUAUGCUGAAGAAGGUAGAGGAUGACGAUCCCUAUUUGAAACCGAUCAAUGUUCACGAACGAAGGGCAGAGUUCGCGAGGAAUCGUCAGGCGAUGAAGAACCAAACUGCGGACCGACCGAUCGAUCGUGAUUCCGGUUAUUGUAACACACCGAAGAAUCUUCAGCUGAUAGAUCUAAACGAGAAGAAUAAGAAAUGCACGGAGGAGAGCGAGGACAAUGUGGAUUCCGUGGAUAAGAAGGAUUUCAGGCCGUCGAUCAUAAGAACCCCGGACAAUUACGUGAACAUGCCCAAGCAGAAGAUCGACUUGAAGAAAGAUAUGCCAGACGGAUUCAGCAAUCCCAGUUACGUGAUGAUGAGCAAUCGAGAGGCAGAUCAGACCAGGGUCUGA